GCUAAGCUGACUCGACAUCGAAAACCCCGAAGACGCGAGCCCAUGGCCGGACAAUCACCCCAUGCCGAUCCCACGGUGGGGGUGCCCGCGUCCUUCCCUGCAUUUAACACUCCAGCAAUACAAAGAUUUUAUUACAAAAGCAGAUGCACUUAUCAGCAAGCUACUCGUCAGUCAAAAUUAUGAUUCAAUCAGUAAUUUCAUUACCCUAUACAAUAGCUACAUAAACUCAAAAGAGAACUCAUUAAAAGAAUACUUUCCUAAGUAUAACCCACCAAUCCAACCCUAUAAGCACACUUGCGUAGGCUUAGCCAUAGAAGUAAUGAAUGUACUGAAAUUGCUUGACGACGAUUUUCCUGGAAUAAAACAAUCAAUUAUGCUGGUAUCCUGCGAAGAAAAUGUUCAAAGCCUGCAAGACUAUAUGGCUAUGCAUUCUGGGCCACAAGGAUUUUUAGUUGAGACAGAGAAAGACCAUGUCAUGGUAGCUUGCCAUUUGGAACUUGAUGGCAGGCCUGGUUUGUUUAUAUCUGACUUGGGGUACCACAUCGCCGGCAUUGUCACCGUUAUGAGGGAUAACGGGUACCCGCAUACAGGUUGGUUCACUCAAGUACAAAAGCCGCAGUGCAUGAAGGAGUAUAACUACGUGUUCAACCACCAAAACCCCAACUACAUCGAAUGGCAUGAGCGCGAGAUGAAAUCUGAUAAGAUCAAAAUACGAUUGUCCCUAGUGUACGUCGAGAAAGCCUUCCGAAGCUCAAUCGAAGUUACUGAGAAGAGGAAUUUGGUUUGGCAUGUCAAGAGUCUCGUAGCCCGUGAUUCCAAAGGCAAUUUGAUGGCUGGAAUCUACUUCGUAUCCAAGCGGAAGGAAACCAAGCUCACAGUAUCCUACGUCGGUCCAGAUAAUGUCAAGCUAAGAAAGAAGUUGAAUUUGGAGGAUUUCCUGGACCUAUCAAAGAUUCCUCGUGACAUAAUACAAGAUGUGGAGUUGUGCAACGAGCAGCUCCAUAUGGAGGACGGCACGUUGACGACGCUACUCCACGAGCUGGCCGUCGUCAUGAACAAUUGCAGCUUUGUGUCAGAAAUGCACGAUUUAAACGACAUGAUGAAGAACCUUACCAUUAAAAUGAAAUAA